AUGUCGAAUGCGCCAGCUCUCCCCGAGCAACUCAUCUAUCUCAUCAUACGCUUCACAGCCUCAGUACCGGACCUCCCACUUUCAAUACAUACCCCGCGAACAACUGCGACCCUCUCCCUCAAACAGCUCAUCCGCCAACACCUCCCGUCCGAACAUGCCUCGGCGCGCCUACGCCUCAUCUACGCGGGCAAAGUCCUCGCAGACACCGAGCCAUUAUCGAAAUCCUUGAAAUUACCGCCACCACCGCCUCCUCGAAACACCAAGAAUAGCGAUGCAGUGGGAAGCAGUAGCGGAGACGUCAGCAAGAGCAAAGGCAAACAACCCCUACGAGAAACGCCCGCGAUCGAAUACGGCACAACAACAGACAUACCCCCCUCAGCAAAGAAAUACUACAUCCACUGUUCCCUCGGCGACGCGCUCUCCGCCCCCGAACUCGCCAGCGAAGCCACACUCGCCCAGAACACAGAGAUAGCAUUGAAGUCGCAUUAUAGCUCAGGGAUUUGA